AUGGCCCCCAAAAGACCGCUCGAGUCCGGGGCGCCCUCUUCAGAGCCCAAGAAAUCCAGACGCGGCUUUAGAGUCGGACCAGAUAAUUUGCCUGACGGGCCAUGGCGGAGAAAAGUGACAAAAAUAAAAAAGAAUCUCAUCCAAAAGGCCAAAGUCAAGAAGGAAUACGCCAAGGUCAAGGCCCGCGAGCAUGGCAAUGAUGAUGAUGAUGAUGAAGAUGACGCAAAUCCACCAGUCGAGCCCCCCAAGUCGCAGGAUGGCGGGGGAGAGAAGAUACAUCCAACACGAGAACUCAUGCUCAAGGAUGAAGAAAGGGCACAAGCGGGCGCUGGUGCGUCCGCAGAUCCUGCCAGUGAUGGCGUAAGACGACGCACCAGACGGCCAGGGUACUAUGACAAGCAGCUGAAAAAGGCCGAGGCGUGCAGGAAGGAAUCCGAGGAGAGGGCCCUGGAGAUGCAGCGGAGGAGAGAGGAGAGGCAGAGAAAGCUCGCAGAGAGGGAGCGAUUUAAAAAGGCCAUGGCGAAGACGGUCGGGAGAAAUGGGGAGAAGAAGCUGGGUAGGGAGAGUACGAUAUUGUUGGACAAAGUGAAGAAGAUGAUGGAGAAGUGA